AACGGAAGGAAGUUGGCAGACACGCGUGAGGCAGUUCGAGCUGAAUGCGAUAGACAGACCCGGAGCUUCUGCUAAAGCGUCGUCAUGUUUCUCCAGUAUUACCUCAACGAGCAGGGAGAUCGUGUCUAUACGCUGAAGAAAUUUGACCCCAUGGGACAGCAGACUUGCUCAGCGCAUCCUGCUCGGUUCUCCCCAGACGACAAGUACUCGCGACACCGCAUCACCAUCAAGAGACGCUUCAAGGUGCUCAUGACCCAGCAGCCGCGCCCCGUGCUCUGAGGGCCGCGCGCCGACGUCGGGCGCCCGCAGCCCCCUGCCCUGCUCAUUGGAGACCUUGGACAUGCUUGAGUCAGUCCUGGUGGGCACCUCCCUUCCACAAGUGUGAAUGGGCCUUGUUUCCAUGUUUUGUAUUAAAGAUGAAGUGAUUUGAAA